UUGACAAAAUUUCGUUUUGACCACUUUGGAUUUCUUUUCGAAAUAAAAAGAAUUUGUAUUUGAUUACUGUAUUGUUUUUGCAUAUUUUACAUACUAGGCUGUAUUAAGAUUAUUUUUUUUAAUUGAGGUGGUCUCUAUUUAUAUGAUAGAAAUGUGGGUGGACUCCCCUUGUUAGCUAAGUAGGAUUUUUGGUGUCAUGUACAUAAAAUUAAGAAAAUUACUUGAUAAUGUAAAAUGAAGGGUGUAGAUAGUUCUCCAGCUAAUAAAGAAGGGAUGACAAAUAAACCAAUAAUAACAUGCGCGGGAGACUGGAACUUAUUCUGUACGUUAGAAGCUCCUUUGGUCGCUGCAAUACCACAGGAUUCCUGUGAGUGGAGGAGGUCAUAUGGACGCAUCACAAAAUUUGUUUAUCUGGAAUCCUCAUUCAUCAAAUAUAAGGACAAAGUACAAUCUGAACUGAAUUUGUUAAAACGUCCCAUUUUUCAUAUUUAUUGGACUGACUGUGUGGAUAUAGAAUAUUAUAAAACAACACUAAGAGAAGAUAUAGAAAUAUGGUUCAAACAAUUAGAGAAAAACAAUAUAACAGAUUGGAUGAUAGUUUUAGUGGAAACUUAUGAUAUAAGGAAGACAAACAAAUUGUUACCAAGAACAACAGUACUAGAUAAAAUUAAAGGUGAUUUUGCCGUAAAGCAAACAGAAGAUAGAUUUAUUUCUGUUAUAAAUCCUAUUAAAUCGGAAGCAAGAAGUGCUGAGUCAUGGAGGGCAUUGGUGGCGAAAAUCAGGCAUUUUGUUCUAGUGGCAUACAAUAAAGCACUAAAUAAAUUUGAGGAAUAUAUGAGAGAACAAAGGGAGAGACGAAAUGAUCCAGAAUGGGAUUUUUGUAAAUAUUUUAUUUUACAGGAGCAAUUAGCAUUUGUGCUAGAAAUGCUCGGUUUAUAUGAGGAGGCUCUAGUCCAAUACGAUGAAUUGGAUGCACUAUUUUCUCAAUUUGUACUCAAUUCCAAUGUAACAGAGAGUCCGAAAUGGCUUGAGACGUUCAAGCAACAGAUCACAUCCUGGCAGGCCAUUAGACUGACGCCCACGGUGCCACAACAUUUACGGGAACUUAUAAUUAAGCAGAAAGCCUCUCUAUUAGACUUUAGAAGCUAUUUAUUUAUACGACAAAGUGCCAUGUUGUUACUUACCGAUAAGCCAGAAGAGAUAGCCUCCCGCUGUCUCACAACCGUACACAACACGUUAGUAGAACUGCUACUACUAAAUGCGCAAUCAAUAGAUGGCGCUGCUGCGUGCUGGGCGCACCUCGCGUGCGUCGAGACGCUGCGUGUGUGCGAGUCAUGCACGGACAUGCAAGCGCCGUUGCUGCAUAAUGCUAAGGAUAAGCUGCACAUACUAGGCAAGCUGUGCGGUUUGCUACCCGGUUCUCCUGAACCUUCAUCAGAACAGCUACACCUCGUAGUUAUGCUAUCAGCAGGCAUGGGAGACACAGAGAACAAUAACAAACAGUCUCCCACAGUUAGGUUGAAGGAAGCACUUGGGAGUAAGACAAGCUUCCAGCAAUAUUAUUUGGAGCUAGCUGAAUUGGCUAUGGGCACGUAUAAGCAUAUUGGGAGAUUGAGAUUCGCACGACAAAUAGGAAGGGAUUUAGCAGCAUUCUAUUCAGAACUGGGGGAGACUAGCAAAGCAGUUGUGUUCCUUGUUGAUGCACUACGAUCUUAUGAAGAACAGGACUGGAGAGAACUGGCUGCUCAAACCAGACUCGAAUUGGUCGCCGCUGCUAAGAAAAUGAAUGAUUUUGAUAGAUACACAACUCUGUCUGCAAGGAUAGCAAGCACAGCCGAAUUAGAGAUUCUAGUCAGACACUUCUAUUUCGAAGAGAUGAUGAAAUCCAUUAAAGAGAACCUCACUGAAAAAGAUUCUGUUCAAGCCGAGCUCAAUGAUUGUUUUCGUAUAAUCUCAGCAACUUUACUGCCGUCCGAACGUGGUGUUUACAUAACUGAUAAUAAGGUUCAAUGUCGCUUGGUCGUGGAGAGCUUUCUACCGAAGGACGUUGUAUGUACCCGGUCUGCGAUCUGUGUAGAUAUGUACGAGGAUAAGACGGACAAACAGACACCAGUUAAGAACUAUAAGACUGAUUUAAGUAGUGUAGGUACACAGGCUAGUCCGAAGAAGUCGAAUGAUGACGUCACACCUAGUAAUUUUAUCACGAGUAUAAGACUGGACGAUUUAAAACCUAAGAAUCCUCUACUAGACCCUAUGCACAUAACCUCUAAACUGCACUACAAGGAAGACAAAUCCCUCCAAAAAGCGACAGUCGAAUGUCAAAACCCAAAGAUGGCUCUCAAACGAUCGGAUAGCGCUAAAUAUAGGAAACCAUCGGCGCCAGUACGAACCAAUUACGAACAUUGUUUCAAAAAUGAAAACGUUAUAAUCCGGCCAGGUGUGAAUGACAUUUUACUGGAGUGCAUAGCAGAUAAAUGUGGGGUGUUCAAACUUGGUCUGGUUUGCUUAUUGAUUGAAGGGAAAUUGGAGUAUAUUUCCGAUGUAUUGGUUAAUACGAAAAUGGGUUAUGAGGUGGUGACACAGGGUGUUAGUGUUUAUUUGAAUAAGGUUGAGCCGAAAAAGGAUUUGGUGGCUGGCUUGGAACACGAUAUGGAGUUGGUUGUUAGUAACGGAAGUUCUAGAUUGCAAGAGAACACAAUCCACCUCCGAGCGUCCACAGGGCUCCAUCUUCGCUACAGAACUAACGCGGCCCUCGCUCGUGAGCUGACCAUACCACUGGAAGCCGCGGAACCGUUCCACACCACCAAGAUACCACUCAGACUCUUCGCUGUGCUGAUGCCCAAGCGCGAGAAGAGUAUAGAGCAUACGGUGUGGAUAACCAGUCCCUGGCUAGACGCAGUAAUGGAAGUGCCACUCCACUUUUCACCCCCUAUGAUAGCUAGUUGGAAACUCCUAACAUCAAACACUAGGAAACUAGUGCACGUCACGCUCAAGUCGACUGUGGCACAUAACAUACAGUUUAUACUGACGGAACCAAAGUUGGACUGUGAUGGUAAUACAACGGUGUCUGAUUUGAAUCCGAAGCAAUGUGAAACUAUGACAGUAGCCUCCGACGGUACGAUCGCAUCAUUCAUGUGGGAGUUACUCAAAGACCCGCUAGUUAAAGCUGGGCCAAUGAAAUUGAACUUCACUGUACAAUACCGACUUGUAGAGGAAGAAAUUUCCAGAACAUUCGCUUGCCCCUUCGAUGUACAGGAUUGUACGACGUUGUUCGUGAUACGAACUAAGUUGGAGCCCGGUAAGGGGUCGGAUUUCUGUAGGGCGAGCCAAGUUUGCUGCUUGCAUUUGAGUGUGCAACGGGUUAAUGAAACUGAUUACACAUCAUUGAUGUAUGAAGUGUUGGCUGAUCAGACUAUGUGGGCUGUGUUGGGGAGGACUGCUGGUGUUAUAACAAUGGAAAUGAAUACCGGUGAACCACAAUGUGUCACUUUGGACGUCAUGCCGCUAGUGGCCGGCUACCUACCGUUGCCGACUGUUCGCCUGUCGAAGUACAUCGCCGCUAAUACCAAAGAUCCAAAAAAGGACAUAUCGGCCCACCCUCGACUGGAACCAUUCAGUCCAGGACAAGUUUUUCACGCAGGAAAAACCAAACAGGUGCAUGUACUCGCACCAGCACCUAAAGAGCACUUGGAUAUCACCGUUUAGUAA